UUUGUUACUAUUACUAGCUUUUGAAAGAAUUCCAUUUUAUCUCACUGUUUUACAAUGAGGGCUCUCUUUAUUGGCGAUUCCAUGAUCAAAUACUUGCAUAAGUAUGUAUCUGUUGAAACACUUGACUUUCAUUUGGACAUUGUUUCCUAUCCUGGUGCAACUAUUGAAAGAUUAGCUAGCAAUAUUUCUGUACACAAAAAUUAUGACUGGGUCUUAGUGCAUGUUGGCACAAAUAAUGCAUCUUUGGAUACUAUUGAAGUAAUACUUAAAAAAUAUAGAGCUUUGGCCACUGAGGUAUUACUUCAUGACCCAGGUGCAAGAAUAAUUUUCUCGAGUAUUGUUCCAAGAGAUUUUGAUUUCCACAGAAAGGAGUAUAAGGAAUCGGAGUAUUAUUUACAGACACUAAACUAUAAGGUUCGAGCCAUAAACUGUGCACUUAAAGAACUAUGUUAUUUUCAAAUGUUUUUCUUUUGCAGUUCUUUCCAGCCAUCUUGGAAAAACUAUCUUGCAAGAGAUGGCUUGCAUUUAAACAAAUGGGGUAAUAAGCUGCUUGCAAGUUGUUUUCUUGAAUCCUUAACAGGAUGCAUCUCAGCAGAUACAGCAUCUAAAAAGAUUGCAAAGACGCAGUCUUCCAACUCUGGUUUUUCUUUUGAUGAUUCAGAGUUUCCUCUAUUGCCAUUUUUUCCCGCAGCAUUUGUUUCUUCUGCUAGGCCAAAGCAAGAGUCUGCCAAGCCAGUUCCUAGGCCCGUGCAACCUGCUAGGCCAAAGCAAGAGUCUACAAGGCUAAUUUCUACACCCGUGCAACAGUCAGCUGCUCUGCUGACGAAAGAUAUUUCUUCUCUGCCAUCUUCUAAAGGUAAUACUCAAUUUGUACUGCCUGUGAUCCCAUGCAUUCCAUUCAGUCAGUUUAGUGAAAAUGUUUUUAGUAGUAUUCCCACAUCAAAUAAAUUUUCAGUUUUGCCAACAAAUUGUAAAAUAUUGCAUGGUGGAACAUUCGCUCGCUCAAAAUUGUUUCUAUUCUAAAAACUGUGUUUAUUGUGGGAAAACAUAUUCUAUGCGGUCCUCGUUUUCAAAUCACCUGAAGAAAUUUAAAUGCCCUCAACCUGUCAAAGACUGUUAUCCUAAACUAUGUGAAAAAUGUUUGAAGUCCUAUUCCUCUAAAUCUUCUUUUUCAAACCAUUUAAAUCAAUGCAACAAAUCAAAAACUCGUGUUUUCUUAUCCCCAUCUGGAAAAAAUUUCAGUAGGGUUUUGGAAACAAAUGCAUGUCUGACAGAAUCAGUGGCAGGACCUGCAAAGGAUCUACAAGCAAGUAGAGAUAUUAAAUUAACAUCUUCAGUUUCAGAUAUUUGUCAAAAAUUUAAACGUCCUUCCAAAGUUAAAAAUACAUAUCCUAGAAUUUGUAAAUUAUGUUUAAAGUCUUAUUCUUCUAAAUCCUCUUUUAGCUAUCAUUUAAAGCGUAGCUGUAAAUCUGAGGUUCAAACUGUAUCAUGUUUGCCAGUUAAAAGUAACUGUAUUGUAUUGGAUAAUAACUCUCACAAGGAAUCAAUAAUAAACCCCAUUGCAGAUGUAGGAAUAAAUCAAAAUGUACAUAAUUCUCAAUUUAUGAGUGAUAAUUAUGAAAAAUCCCCAAAAAGUUUAAAAUGUGGUAGCAUUAUUCCUGUAAAACCUUUUAAAAGUCGUCAAGAAACUUGCAAUUUUACCAAGAAAAAUGAACUGUUUUUUUGUGUACAAUCUGAGUGCAAUCAAGUCUUUUCUAAUCUAUGGUAUUUAAAUAAACAUCAUAGUGCUGUGCAUCAAAUUCAGAAUGUCAAAACAUUUUCUUUUGAUUCUUUUAAGAAUUUUAAGAUUUGGUUAGAAGCUGCAAGUUCUUCUACUUAUACUUUUUUCCAGAAAUCAACAGGCAAAAAAGUUUUGGGUGAUAAAACAUUUCAUUAUUAUGUUUACCAAUUUUUUUAUCCUUCAUAUCUGUCAAGGAUUCAAUCAAGAGUAGAACGACAUGCUAAAAGAUACCACCCACUUAAAGAAAAUACACGUAAUUUAAUCAAAUCUUAUUUAUUGCUAUCAUUUCCUGUUUCAAAAAUAGUAAGCUUAAUUCGUGGUGAUGCAGGCUGUCGGGAUAAAAGAAAUUUGCCCAACAAAAGAAGUUUUUAUUUCUCGGAAGACUAUACAGUCUUAUUCAAGGCAUCUACAUAAUACAAUAAAGCCGAUUAAUGAUGCCAUGUCUGUUUUCUGUACUGUGGAGAAAUUAAAAAAUGAAAAAUAUAAUCCCAUUUUAAUUUUCAAAUUACUAAUGUCGGAUACUAUCUUUGGACCUUCUUAUUUGGAUAGCUUACCAAAUUGUGAAAAUUCUUUUGCAUUAGGUUUUCAAACUGAAGCUCAAAAAGACAUGCUUAUGAAACAUUCCCAUAAAAUCCUUUGUAUUGAUGCUACCCAUGGCACAAACCAUUAUGAUUUUUUUCUUCUUUCAUUGUAUGUGCAAGAUGAAUAUGGUCAGGGAUAUCCUGUUGCGCAUUUUAUUACAAAUGAUUUAGAUUUUCGUACAUUAGUGGCUUUAUUUUCUAGUUUACAUUGUCGCAUUCCUAAUUUGAAAGUUAAUACAGUCAUGACUGAUGAUGAUGGUUUUACUUUUAAUUCUGUAUUUGGUCCCGAUAUCAAGCAUCUAUUGUGUCAAUGGCAUGUAUACCGUGCUUGGAAAAGGCAGUUGACUGUUAAAGUCCAUGAUAAAUGUCUCCGUAUGAAGAUGUCGUAUGAAUUAUUAAAUAUAAUGAAUGAAAAGUCUCUAGAGGAUUUUGAUAAUAAAGUUUCAAUUUUUAUUAGUAAAUAUUUAAAUGAAUGCCAAAAUUUUGUUGAUUAUUUUGUAAAAAAUUAUUCUACCUGCUAUAGACAGUUUCCACAUGGUGGUACCAAUACAAAUAAUUACUGUGAAUCGUUUCAUAAUCAGUUAAAAACUGUAUAUUUUGAGCGUAAAUUUAAUAGGCGCAUAGAUGAGCUAAUUUUAACUCUUUUAAAGAUGGAAACAGAUAGGUUUUUAAAAUAUUCUUCUAAUGUUGUAAAUAAUGUUCCAUUAAAUUCAAAUUUCAAUAAAACUAUUAAAGAAAAGCAUGAAAUGGGUGUAAAAAUUCCUAUUAAUGAUACAGUUAAACAUGAUGAUCAAUGGUUAGUAAAUUCAUAGACGAAAAAGGGAAUAGUAUACUCAAUAAAAAAAAUUACAGAUGUUUGUCUUUUAUUAGAUCAUUGCUGUUUUAAAUGUACUGAUAUUAACUGUACAGUACUAUGUAGUCAUUUGUAUGUGUGUUCUUGUGAAGACAAUAGUAACCUUUGCAAACAUAUUCAUAAAGUACAUUUAUUGUAUUCUGAAAUGAAAACAUACAUAACAGAUGAUUUUUAUGCUGUUGAAAAUGAAAGAAAUGCACAAGGAAUUGAGCCCCAAAUCUUAAAUUUGGAAUUGAAAGGUAAUGUUUCGUCUGAAUGUUUUAACACAAAAGAAGCUGAAUGCAAAAAACUAUGCUCCGAGAUUUUGGAAUUAAUUAAAAUUCCUCGUAUUCAAGAAACUAUGCUAACUAAUGUAGUAAAUUGUUUAAAUACUUUAGUAUCUGGUAUGCGCGGAGUUGUCUGUCACAAAGAUGAUCCUGCUCCUGUCGCACCUCGGUUAUAUGUUGCUCCCAAUCAAAAAAUUCCCCCACAGAUUAAAUUUUAUAAAACUUCUCAAAGACAUAAGAGGAGAAAAUCAUUUCAGGAAAAAAAAUGGGAAACGGCAAAGAUUAAAUGAAAAAAAUAUUGAUGAACCUGACAGUAUUAUAGAUGAGAUUGCACCUUUACAAUCGUAUCAUGCGGGAGAAAUUUCUAAAUGCUUUAGUCGUGAUGAAAAAAGUAAUGAUGAUCCUGAUGGUCAUAAAAAGGAAAUUAUUCCUUUAAAAGCUUAUUCUGCUAGAGAAAAUUCUGUAUGUACUAGCCUUAAUAUAUUCAAUAAAUUUAGUAAGAUGAAUGUGGGUAACCCUACUGCAACAGUAGUAACUAUUAAUAAUAUCAAUCUUUCUUUUUAUAUAUUAAAAUCUUUAGAUCCUUUUGUUACUCGGAAAGAAGAGAAUUAUCUAAAGUCUGUGUCACCGAGCUUUAAGAAGGGUUGGCUUUAUGAUUCUGCUAUUGAUGCUUUUCUUUUUCUGUUAACCGAGAAAUUCAGAAAUUGUAAAGCAAUAGAAUCCUUGCAAUCAGUUUUAAUUUUUAAUCAGAAGGAUAUUCUUAAAUUUUCUUGGAUUCAAGAGUUGCCAAAUCUAGAUUUAUUAAUUAUCCCUGUCAAUUUAAAUUGUCAUUGGACUUUGAUUAUUGUUAAUAUAAAACUUAAAACAUUUGAAUAUUUUGAUCCACUUUUUGGCAGACCAGAUAAUAAUACUGCAAUUUUGGUUAGGAAGUGGUCUAAGAUUUUAAAUAAAUUGCUUAAUUCAAAAAGCCACUGGCAGAUACUUUUUCCAUCUCAUAUAAAACAAACUGAUGAUUUUAAUUGUGGAGUUUAUAUAAGUUUUUAUGCACAUCAAAAAUUGAAUAAAUUUUCUUUAACUCAGGACUUCAACAUACUUUCAUUUAGAGCCCUAAUGUUUGAACAGAUUACUAAAAACUUAAAUUUUUUAAAUCUUUUAUUGUGAAAAUUUUAAUUUUUAUAUUAAUUUAA